GUCCAGGGUCGCAAAUGUUCUAGAAACAAUACAGGCAUUUUGAAGCGGCAUUCCGUAUUUUUUUACUAAAAAAAAAAUCCCUUAAUAUUUCUAGGGUUUCCGUUGCCGUGGGUGUACGCGUUUAGACAGCGUGAGGGCAUUCCUAUUGUCUGGUGAGUUUGGAAACGCGAAAAAAAAAGAGAGAAUGAGUGCAGACUCGACGCCGCUUCGGCUUCGGUGACUAGAACCUGCGCUGCUCGGUCUCGGACGGGACGCUGGCUCACGGUGCUCUCGAACGGCUCCGUUUCUUUCUCCACCGGCUCGAAGACUGCGACCGAGGAUGACGAGACCAUAAACGGAUUUAUGCGAAUAGCAAAAUGCGGGAUGUCUGCGUCCGUCGGCGGAGAAACGGCGCCCGCUUUAGCGUAGUUCGUGAAUAGGGAGAGAUGCGUAUGACACGCAGGAAUCUGUCGUAAACUACGUCCUGGGCUCUGUACUCCGGCGUGAAAGUAGAGAAUACUAGUCCGAGCGCUUCGGAUGAACGCAUAGGAUAUUUUCUCCACCGCGACCGAGCUAAUGUUAGCAGCCGCGAGCGCGGCGCGCAGAGAGACCGGGGGAAUCCGCGUCUGACCGGAGGCCGUGCUAUCACGCCGCGCCGAAAUGCGCCCGAAUAAUCGGAUGACAGCGCUCCGAUCCGUCGAGGGAAAACUUUUGGGCUCGGUUUACGCGGCGGCGGGCUUGCAUUAAAGCGGGUCGUGUGGCUAUGGUGCUAUCACGCACGCAGCCGAACCGCAUCGUCGACUGAAAGCCGCUCAGACUGCGUCGCUUCUCGGGCGAGGCGUGUAUGGGUCCCCGCUCCCUCGGAGGGAGACCUGACUCUGCAGGCCAUAUAUUUGCCUAGCCUGAGUGUCGUUUCAUGUAUGGAUGGACGCGUGCAUGCUUUGACAGAACCCUGCGUGCAUCGUUGCAGUUGGCACAGCGCAUCCCAAGGAGGGGCUGUUACUCUACUAGCAAAAGCCCGCACAUCGGGUCCGUCGAAGCCUUUAAUUUGUCUCCCUAAGAACAUUACGUAAGGCUGCAGCGUACGCUACGUCUUUUCGGAGGCAAACUAUCGGGUGACAUUGCAGUCUCUCCCCUCGGAGAGAUAUAACGUAAGCUCCUCUCGGUUAUUACGUCCGUCAAAAGCGAGGGAAGGUGGAGCAUCGUCCGUCGUACGUGCUGACGCAGUGGGAUUUCUACGUGUGGUCUGCGUUUCGGCCCGCCCUUCCCGCGGUGACGGUGAUGGGUCGGAAGCGGUGUGUCGGUGCAGAUUGUUCGAAGAUGGCGGCAGGGUGCUGCGGGGUGAAGAAGCAGAAGUUGUCGGGAUCCCCCGGGGCUGGGGGUCCCGGCGGGGCUGGCAGCGGAGUAGCCGGGACCGGACAUUGUGGAUCGGAAUUGGGGAUCGGGUCGUCCUCGACUGUUGUGGCAGGAAACGUGAAUCGGGUGAACGGCCUGGGGGGUCCGGGGGGUAGUAGUAGUAGCAGCGGCAGCAGCGGCAGCAACAACACCAAUGCUCUGUCCCCAACUCCAGGAGGCUACAACUCCACCGGCCUCUCCCCGACUCUCAGCCCCGGCCCCGGCUCCGGAGCCAGGAAAAUGGUCGUUUCGGCGGAGAUGUGUUGCUUUUGCUUCGACGUGCUUUAUUGCCAUCUAUACGGAUACCAGCCUCCUCGAACACCCAGGUUUACAAACGACCCCUACCCACUGUUUGUCACUUGGAAAAUCGGCCGGGACAAGCGGUUAAGGGGUUGUAUAGGUACAUUUUCUGCCAUGAACCUGCACUCAGGACUCAGGGAGUACACCCUUACCAGUGCCCUUAAAGACAGUCGCUUUCCCCCCAUGACGAGGGACGAGCUGCCGCGCCUCUUCUGCUCAGUGUCUCUGCUCACCAACUUUGAGGAUGUUGGUGAUUACCUAGACUGGGAGGUGGGUGUUCACGGCAUUAGGAUAGAAUUUUUUAAUGAAAAAGGAUCAAAGCGCACCGCCACCUACCUGCCAGAGGUUGCGAAGGAGCAAGGAUGGGACCACAUUCAGACCAUAGAUUCCUUACUUCGAAAGGGAGGUUACAAAGCUCCCAUCACAAAUGACUUCAGGAAGACUAUAAAAUUGACCAGGUACCGUAGUGAAAAGAUGACCAUGAGCUACGCAGAAUACAUCGCCCACCGCCAGCAUCAUCACUACCAGAAUGGCAUCGGGCACCCUCUCCCUCCGUACAACCAUUAUUCCUGACAGCGAGCCGCAUGACCAGUCACUGGACCUCUCGGCGGACAUCUUCCCGGGAGAGCCCACCCCCUCGUGGUCUAGCUAUCUGUACUACUGUACCAUUUUAUGAUGAUAGUUUCCGUUGCCAUGUCGACAGUCCGUUGGAGGCAUGGCAGCGGGUGGCAAAUAAGCAUUAGGUGAUUAUAAAGCGAAAAAAUACAAUUCAUUUAUUUUGUCAUUUUUAUUCUUUGUAUUAAUUUAGUUUUUGCAGCAUAUAUAUAUAUAUAUAUAUAUAUAUAUAUAUAUAUAUAUAAAUAUAUAUCAAACCCUUCCCUUUUUUUAAGCAAAUAAACAAGUACUAAUUUUUAUUUUAUUUAAAUUUUUUUUUUAUUUCAACAAAUUUCCUAAAAUCAGGUUUCUCAGUCUGUGGAUGGAAAUAAGUCAUAUUAAACGAUGGGCUAGAUGCUUUUUACGUACGCUCGGCUUUAGUGACUCGCUCGAUUUCGUUGUUGUUUUUCCUCUUUUAUCGUUUCUUAUUAGUUUGACUUUUAUAUCAUAUAGGCAAGCACGGCGUUUAAGGGAUUCUCUUUCCUCUCUGCGCGCUUCCUCUGAUCGUUUGCUUUCGUGAGUGGUGGUUUAGUUUUAUCGUGAGCGUUGUUGUGGGGUUGUAGGGACGUGCGGCGUGGCCGAGUCGAAACUGUUUGCGUUUUCCUCAGAUUAUCGAAACCCGCUAUCUUAAAUUUUAGUUUUUGGGUACCUAAUAUUUUCCCCUUAGUGCAGAAGCCUGUUGCUCUUAGCAUUACUGGAGUUGAUUUUCUUUAAUUUUAUUUACUUGCUACAGUUAGGCCCUUUUUCGCGUAGCGUUGGUUCAUGCGUAUUAAUCCACGUGCGUCGUCUUUCGUUGAUGUGUCGUGUUGGUGUCGUUUUUUUGAGGUUGACGGUGUGAGUCUGCGCUAAGAGUGUCGCUGAACGAAGGCUUUUCUAGUCGGUUGAGCUCGCGAACGAAUUCGUCCGUUUCGUAUCGCUCCUAUUUGAUCACACAGAGAAAGGACAGGGACAAGCUAAGAAAAAGCCAUACUCUUAUUUUUUUUAACACAUGCUGUGGCGGGGUGGUCGCUCUAAAUGGCUGUUUUUAAUUAAUUUUUCUCCUGGUCUGUUUACCUGGCACGGAAACCUUCACUCUCAGGAGGAUGCUUCAGAAAGCUCUUGCGUUUAGUUUUUAACGAUCCGGUCUUACGGAUGAAUAUGUCCAUUUCUGUCUCGCAUGGCGGCAAUGUUUACACCUCCAUUCAAACGGCUUUAAUUGAGAAGAUGACUUGAGUCAAGCUGCUCUUCGCAUCUGGCGGUGAAGCUUGUUCGGAUGAUGACGACGACGUUAUUUUUUUUUGUUAUGGUUGGAAGUGUCUUUUCUCACGGACGGUUUGUUAGACCCAUUUUUAAACUCUCGCUCCGAAAGGCAUCAGUGUUAUUUUGAUCAGGUGUAGACUGAAUAUCACGUGUCAUAUUGUCUGUAGAAGCAGCGGACUCGCGUUCGAAAGGAAAAUCGAGCACGAUUUCUGCCUUUUUGUUUUCAUAUGCAAAACGUUAAGGGCUUUUGGGGUUCCAUCCACAGUCGUUACCCAGCUCACUAAAACCGAAAAAAAAACCUGAUUUCAGUUGUUUUGCCUUAAAAUGGUUAUGACGUGGACCAGCAAAUGUUUCCCGGAGCGUUCAUCUGCUUUGAGACCAGUUCUUUUUUGUUUUAACUGUUAAGUCAAGUGUUUAUUACUGCCCAGUCAAGACUGUUUGUCCACCUGUUAGACCCCACCUACCAGGAAGUAGGUCACGGUUAGGAAAAGCGACACAUUUGUUGUCUCUUCAAUCUUAAACGACCCUUUAAAUCAAAUUUUUGGCCUCGUUUUUUAAGCCCGGGUUUUGUUUUUCUGGUUGAACGUUCUUGGGCCUCGUUUGUCGGUCCAUUUAAAAAAAAAAAAACAGCACAAACCGAAAUUUUUUCUGCUGCAAAACCAACUCUUUGCAUUUGAAAUGACAUUGGCAAUACAUUUGUUGCAUGAAUAGGCCUCCUGUUAAACAUGGCAUGCUUGUUUCACUGCUAUAUAGAUACGAGAAGAAAAAAAGACUAUAUAAAAUGGUGCUAUCGGACCUCGCGUCGGGGGUGGUCGCAGUAAACGUGACCGGUCAUGCGGACUCAUCGAUCAUAUCAGACUUUAUUAUUAUCCUCAAUAUAUGCAGAUCUGUUUUACAGGUGUUUUUUUCCUACCAGUGUAACAAACUCUCCUGCAGGUUUGAAAGGACAAGUAGUGACGAGUCUAACCCCAUCUUUCCCUCAUGGCCUGGGGGAUUUGGGCAUAUGCUUAACAUCUCAUCUGUUGCAGACGUGCACAUUUACGCAAUACCCCGGAGUCUCGCUCUUUGUUUCCGUUGUCGCACGCCGUGGAUGUUUCACGUUCAUGCACAUUGCCAUUUCGAACGCCGUCGCCUGAACACGGGCCAAAACUACAGCGAUAACGACGUGCUGAGUUUACUUCGCUCGCGAUGUUUGUUCAAAUAUCAUCGGUUCGUUCGGUCGCGAGCGGCGAAAGACGCGUUUAGUUUGGUUCAGUACGUUUUUCUUUUUUUUUCUUUUUUUUUUCUGUCUGCGAAAUGGAUCAAAGUAUUUUCACGAUUCCUGGAGUGGUUCGAACAUGCACUUUGAGGACAUUCGCGAUCCCAGGCGCGUCUGAACACCGUCGAAACUCUCAGUACCCGACCUGCGUUCACGUUGCUCGAAGACGAGUUCGAAAACCAUUUUCACGCUAUACGUCGUCUUUUGAGUUUCUGUGAUUUCUACCGACACAACUGGGAUUAGUGUUUGGUGCGUGUAUAGCAAAUGCUCGUUUAGGCAUAAAUGUUGGGUUGUAACACCUACGGACGAGCUCCGCGCUCGCCGUCAAACCCAUCGUCGUUUGGCUCAUGUUACCUUUGCGUGUUCAACCUGAACCAAAGAUGCCUCCAGCCAUGUCCAAAUGCUGCUCUACAGACCUGCCUUCCUGUCCUUCCAAAAACCUUCCCUGCAAGAGAAAUGUCUUCUGUUUGUAUGUUAUUUUUUUUUUUUUGUACAAUUUCUAAUAUUGUUUUAGGUUUUUAGCUACCUAAGUUCAAUGAAUUUUCAUUGUAGCUGUCUUUGAGACCUUGCACGGUGUCAAUGACCGUAAUACUAGGUUGCACUUUUUUAUUUUGUUUUCAUCAUUGUUGUUAUUAUUAUAUAUUUUUGUAAAGAAAGAAAACCCCAUAGCGUGCCUCUUAGAUUUAUGGGUUUCUUAAUGUUUUUUUGUUUGUUUUUUUUUUUUCUAAGACCAGCAGUUAUACUUUAUACAAAAGAUGAGUUAACCCUUAUUUUUAAAUGCCAUUUAAAGAAAGAAAGAAAAAAAAAAAGCCUCUUUUCUUUACUCUGGACCCAGUAGCUGCACUGGCAUACAAUCGCACUGAUAGAUAUGGGGGGGAAAAAAGUAUAACUAAUAAUAAUGAUGAUGAUGAUAAAAAAAAUAAUAAUGUAAGAACUACAAUAAAUUUGUUUGAAAAUGUUUUGUAAAAAAAAAAAUCCAAAAAAAAAAGGAAAAAAGAAAUGUAAAAAAAGUAAACACAAUGACUGUUUUUGUAUAUCGAGUUAAUUCUUUAAAAAAAAAAAUAUUUUGGACCUAGUUUCUAAAUUAUUUUAGUGGUUUUCUAUGUUCUGGAACUUUGAGAAGAUGAGUUUUGAACGCGCCCUUCGAUGACUGACAGCUUGCGGUGUUGUCACGGCGGCCGUCGGGGUGCCUGGUGUAGCCCCGCGUGCCCGACACUUUUUCCUUUCUGUUUUUCAGUUUGAAUUCUUUCUUCCUUUUCAGAACUUAAAAAUUGUUAAAGUAACGACUUGGCGAAAACAAUAAAAAAAAAAAAAUAUCUAGAGAAACGACUCCCCUGUAGAACUAGAUCCUUUACCCCCCACUGAAUUGCUGUUAGUGUGAUGAGACUUGAAAUGGGCAUUUAUUAUGAAUAUGGUAGUACGGCUCCAAAAAAAACACACAAAAAAAAAAAGACAAAAAUGACAAAAUCCACACAAAAAAAAAUAAUGUGUUGGGGUGGGAGGAGGGGGUGGCAAAUAGACGGGUUAUAUGUGGGUAUGUGAGCUAUGGCUGUGGCAAUGAUAAUGUAGUUUUAAAACAUUAUUGUUAUUACCUUUUAAAUCAUUUAUCCAAUAAAAAUAAAUUCUGAGAGAA